AUGGACUGUUUCUCGCUCGCUGCCGCGCGUUUGGCCGGGACAGCUGCAGAGAGGCUACGGGUCGUGAGAUCGAACAGUGAAUAUUAGUAGCCAAGAGUGCUGGUUCACGUCGUAAGCUCCGCUGGAACAUCCCCUAGAGCAAACAUGAUGUUGGGACCUCUGAAGAAAUUUAUCCGGCUGACCACCUGUUGUUUCAGGCCGGGCGACGAUGUCACCUCUGAUGUCGGUCAAUCGCAAGAACAGGAGAUUCACCUUUCAGUCCAGCGAUCCUAUGUCGGAGCUUUUUGGGAUUUUGAGAAUUGCGCCAUCCCCAACGGAUGUGACACAGCAGAUUUCGUCCAUCGGUUGAGAGCUGUUAUUCUUGCAUACGGAGAAGUGAUCCGGUUCGCGGCUUACGGAAAACAGGAACUACUGGGUUCACGCGCGAGCGAGCUGCAAGUAUGCGGCGUGGAAUUCGUGCAAGUGCCGUUAGGGAAGGAAAUGGCAGACAAGGCCAUGAUCCUGGACGUUAUGUGCUUCGUUUUUGACAGCCAGAGAGAAAAUCGAGAGACUCAGGUCACUGAAAUAGGGGAACCCGCGACCUUGAAUUCCUCAACGUGCAGGUCAGUCCCUCUAUGCGUGGUGCUUAUCACUGCUGACUCUGGCUUCGCUCCUCUCGUAUCAAGACUCCUUGACCGUGGUGUCAAAGCUGCUGUCGUAACCAGAAUACCCAAAACUCUGCCGUCGAGGCCGCAUCCAGUAUCCAUGCGCCUACUGACUUCAGGAGCUGAUGUUCAUGACUGGGACGGCAUACUCUCCAAUGGAUUCUCGGAGUCCGUAUCAUCUUCAGCAGUGCAUCCAACGGCUAGGACUGAAAGUGAACAUGUUGAGGAAGCAGAAAUUAGAGCAGCUGCUGACUGUGGGUUAUGCAGGUUGGACCCAGCUAGGGCAUUAUUCGUUGAAGUCUCCCUAACUGCUGUGAAGAAACGUGCUAAGCAAGGGUUCUCAGACGACGAGAUUUCCUUGGCAACUCUCAGGUGCCAGGUGAUGACUGUGCUGGCUGCUAGUGGGAGGCUCUCCAUCAACAUGUUUGACAAGGCUUUUUGCAGUCUCAUCGGCAAACCAAUACGGCUGGCAGACUAUGGCCUGAGACGCCUGAAGGACCUGGGAGACGUUCUGCCUGACGUGGUGCAGCUGAAUUCUGCUUGGUCAAGAUUUGAGAAAUCAAGGCACCUUCCUUCAGCUGUUAGAGAGAGGAUAUCUCAGCAGCGAACACUGCAGCUCGUUUCAUCGCCACAGAACUUGAGAAGCUUGGGGCUUAUCCAGUCAAGGAUGAGGCAUCUGGCGCAUGAGGCGCUGGCAACAGUCGUGGCAGACAGAGGCGUUAUGACGUCUUAUUGCAAAGGAAGUGGGCGUGAAGGUUGGCUUCACAUAGUUUCGCUUCAGGAGGAACUAGAAAGAAGAGCUGAGCAACCUCUUUGCUCUUUACUGAUAAGGCAUGGAUUCUGGGAAGCAGGAAAGCAGAAGUCCCAGCUGGUCUGGAGGUUUGCAGCACUGCUGCAAGAGAUGCCUGAUGUUGUUCAGAUGCGGGUAGACACGACAGGACAGGUGCGAGUCUGGCCUGUUGGAGGUCCAAGGGACAGGCUGGUUACAGAUUGGGCAUUACAAAACCCCACAUGGGAUGGGGUGUUGUUCCAAGCCGUCCAGCUGUGUACAGUUACCUUGAUUGUACAAGCUGUCCAGGAGCCUGUUCAUGGCCCAAGCGCGGAUGUUACCAUUACUCAGGAGGAAGGGCAUGCUGCUGCGAAAUCCCAGUAGCGAACAAACACAUUCAAUGGGACCAAGCUAAGAAUAGACUUCCAGUGUUCAGUGGGUGGCGGAUGGUGAUCACUUACAUCAGUCCAUACCAGCUGCAUUUCAGUACACCUGUGGGCUGGCCAGAAUGGUUUCCAAGGUGACCAUUCCACUCCACAACACCAAUCACAAAGCAGGCGCUACCUCCUCUCCUUCAGCCCGUGCCGUCAAUCUCCUUCUGGUCCAUGAAUCACCACCGCUAUCCUUCCCUCCCACGCUACCCAAACAGUUCGGCCUAGUGUAGUGCACCUGCAUAGUGUCCACCCUCUAAAAACCAGUUGGAGUAGAGCCACUGUCCAGCAGUUGGUUGGAAACCAACCAACGUCUCACAAUCAACCUUCACUGCACCA